AUGCGCGGGGGUCAGAGCAGUACAGUCCGAUACAUCAUCGAUGGAAAGCAUGUAGUAAUAGAAGCGCCAACCAAUUUCGGAUCGCAGUACUAUAAUUAUAAGAAAACGUUCUCCACUGUAUUAUUGAUAUUAGUUAAUGCGAAUUAUAAAUUCAUCGCUCUGGACGUCGGGGGAUAUGGAAAGAGCAGCGAUGGGGGAAUUUUCGCCAAUUCCGUGCUGGGCCGACGACUGGAGGCAGGCACUCUGGAUGUGUCCAAGGACAGGGAAUUGCCUGGCAGCGAAGUUACCACCUCGCACGUCAUCGUUGCCGACGAGGCGUUUCCGCUAAAAACGUACCUCUUGCGCCCAUAUCCGGGUGCCGAGUUAAGACACGAUAGGCGGAUCUUCAACUAUCGGUUGAUUCGUGCAAAGCGUACCGAGGACAACACGUUUGGAAUUUUAGCUAAAAAAUUCCGCGUGUACCAACGGCGGUUGCGGGCAAAAACACAAAAUACAGACAAGAUAAUUUUAUCCACCUGCAUCUUGCACAAUUUUAUCUGCGACCUGCAUCAGGACCCGAUCAACGUGACGGCCGGAACAUUAAUACCGAAAGAGAUCGUCACGAAUGUUCUCGAGAACCUGUCUCAUCAAGGAGGCGGAGGCACUUUCGACGAGGGAGAAAUUUAA